AUGGUAGCCUCGGUUAUCCAUGACAAAAAAGAUGACGUCCUACUUUUCAUCUCUCAACAACUACAGGAAAACCAACCACGUGAUGAUUAUCGUGAACUGUUAGAAUUAUCUUCAGUGUUUCUGGGGAAUCGACCAACCGAAAAUUUCACUUUUAAAACACCUGGGCCGACACAUCAUGCACGAUGGCUUUCUAAAGCGAUAUAUAGCUUAAAAAUCUAUCUGUUUCAAGAACAGUUUUCACUAAGCCGGGCAGAGGCUCCAGGACUUCGCCAUAUUUGUAUUUUUAUUGUUUUAUUAUACAUAAAAGCAUGGUAUUGUGCGCCUUCAGCAAUCCAUGCUCCUCGAAAGGAUUUAGAGUUCAUGAAAAAUUUACUAAAUUAUAAGAAAAUAAAUAAAAAUAUUUCAGAAGUAGCAUCGAAAAAGUUCAGCACUCACCUAUGGUAUCUAUCUGAACAACUUAUUUGUUUGUCUUUAUUUGAUGAUAAUGUUAGUGCAGAAAUUAAACUGAGAUUGAUUGAAUCGAUUCAAAAAAAAGUCAAGUUAAAAAUUUUAAACGCAUUAAUGUAAAAAAUGUUGAUAUUAAUUCAUUUUUGGAUAAACAAUUGUAUGAUUUUGCUUCCAAAGAAUCGUUGAUUAUUUUUGAAAGGUUUAAACUCCCCACUAAUUUUUUAAUACACAUCCUGAUCAAUGGAAAUCUGACGAGAGUUAUAAUACUUGUUUAAAAAUUUUUCAAAACUUACAUGUCGUUAAUGAUACUGCGGAACGGGCGGUCCAACUAAUGGAAGCCUACAAUAAAAGCAUAACUGGUGAUGAAGAGCAGAAACAGUACUUGUUGCAGGUUGUAGCUUUGCACAGAAAAAAAUUCCCGAAUGCUAACAAGCACACAUUAAUGUUACCAUUUUUAGAAGAAUGA